AUGUCGAGCUAUAGCGAGCCACCAGCGGACGGCAGAGAGGCGGCGGACCGGCUCCGCUCCAUCGUCAAAAGUGGCAAGCCCAUCAUCGGUUCUGGCGCGGGCAUUGGCCUAACGGCCAAAUUUGUCGAGAAGGGAGGGGCCGAUCUGAUCAUCCUCUACAACUCGGGGCGGUACCGCAUGGCGGGUCGAGGCUCGUUGGCUGGUCUGAUGCCCUACGGAGAUGCCAAUGCGAUCGUGGUCGAGAUGGCUGCCGAGGUUCUUCCAGUGAUCAGCCACACACCUGUGCUCGCAGGCGUGUGUGCUUCGGACCCCUUCCGAUCCAUUCCCAAAUUCCUCCGUCAGCUCAAGGAGAUUGGGUUUGUCGGCGUUCAGAACUUUCCCACCGUCGGCCUCAUCGAUGGCAACUUCCGAAAGAACCUCGAGGAGACCGGCAUGGGAUUUGAGAGGGAAGUCGAGCUCAUGCAGCACGCCAAGCAGCUCGGGCUUCUGACCACGCCCUACGUUUUCAACACUGAAGAAGCGGAAAAGAUGGCGAAAGUGGGUGUCGAUGUAAUCGUGGCGCAUAUGGGUUUGACGACUAGCGGCAGCAUCGGCGCCCAAACAGCAAUGAGCCUGGACGAUGCUGUCAAGCUCACCUCAGAUAUCACGGCAAAGGUGCAUUCCAUCUCACCAGAGAUCAUGGUACUGGUACACGGGGGUCCUGUCGCUUCGGCAUCCGAUGCGCAGUACGUACUCGACCGUGUCAAGGGUCUGGCUGGUUUCUACGGAGCCUCGAGCAUGGAGCGCCUCCCUGUUGAGGUCGCCCUGGAGGACAGCAUGAAGGAGUUCAAAGGCCUCAAGAUUUCUGCAAAGUAG